AGGAAAUUCUAUUUUGUCUGCUGUCCUAAUUCAUUGAGGAAAAGGAAUUGGCUUUGGCUCUAUCCUAAACCGGCAUGGACUAGUAUUAUGACGUGUAAGCAUAGGAAGACGUCACAACUCUAUAUAUAGGAUCCUUUUUCUUAACCACAAAUAUCUGGAGUUUUUAUUCAAACUUGCUUUUGGGUCGGGUAAUCGUUCUAAUUCCCAUUAAACGGUCCUCUUCGUUUCUUUCUUGCUAUGAUGUUUUCCUCGCCGGGUGUUUCAAAGCCAACGGGAAAGAGAAGAGAGCAGCGCAAGGUCGGCAUAAAAUCUCUCCCAAAUGACUUGUUGAUGGAAGUUCUUGCCAAGAUUGCAUCAGCUUCGUUCACCGACCUUCUAAACAUUAAGUCAAGUUGCAAGGAUUUUCACGGGUUGGCAGAGGAUGAUUACAUCUUUCAACACGUCUCGUUGAAGGAGCUUCCACUCGUUUGGUACACGAAAAAUGAGGUUUCGUCACUCUUAAGACGUUGUAAAAAGAGUGAAAACCCAGAUGCAUUAUUUAGAGAAGGCAUAUGUGGGUACUUCAGUUCUAAGGAUCAAGGAUUGGGGCUUGAGUUCUUGGAGAAAGCAUCUAGAAAGGGGCAUGUUGAAGCGUCGUAUAUAUAUGGUCUUAUUUUAAUUUGUUCUGGGGGUCAAUUAAAGCAACAGGGCUUGCAGCUUCUCUCUUCUUUAAUUACUUGCGAGCUAAGAGGCUCAAGAAUAAAAGAAUGUCGAAGGAGAGUAAAAGACUAUGUUCGAAGCAUGUGGAUCAACAAUAACAUUGUUAGAGAUCAAGAGCCUUAUUGUCAUAUAGAAACAUGCAACAACUACGGGAGGACGCCAAAUUCUUUGGCGACGAAAAAGGCAAGAUGGCAUUCCGGCGACUAUAUAGAAGAUGAGAAUGCUAAGUUUAUGUGUUGUGCGUAUUGCCAAUGCGAUCAUGAAGUGGAUUUGUUUUGUAACAUGUUACAGGGAAAGUAGA